GAAGGAUGAAGCAAGGAAACGAAGGACAUGGUGACGAAAGAUGAAGAAAAGUGACUGAGACGGCACAGAACCAAUGACGGAAUCUUGAGUUGUCGCACUUGCUGGUUUCUGUUUGUCAGGGUCGGUAUAAUCGUCAAAUCAAGUUGUUCGUGCUCUAUCAAACGCUGUCUAAAAAUACCAACAGGUGCUGCCGCGAAGUCGAUGGGUACCAAGCGUGGUGUCAGAGUUGCCGCAAAAGCUAUUCAAAUAGAGACGACGACCUACGUUUUGUGCUGGACCCACGCUGCAAAAGGGCUCUAGAGGGUGUCAGUGCCUUCUCCAUGGCGUGUUCUUCCGUUUCGAGCUUUGCUCAAGUGCAUAACAAAACUGAUUGCUAUACACCGGACGCUUUCGGACAUUUGCUUUCGACGUCAGCAGACGUUGUUGAGCGGAUCUUAAAGUGCUUAAACUACACAGAGCUGAACAAAUGCGCAAAAGUCUGUGCUCUUUGGCAUUCUACGGCCAACCGCCUGAAAAGCAAGCGAUGCGGUUUUGCCCAUUGCUUCAAGGUUGUCGAACGGAUGAAGCAGGUGCGUGUCUGGCGCCAUUUUAGUGAUGACUCCUGCUUUUUAACCAUCUCGGAAGAUGUUCAGGCAUUCCUGAAGGAUCUUAAAUGUACCUGGUGUGAACCAGCUUUCGGUAUCUUCUUUGCAACACGUCACAUCUCGGAAUACCCAGGACUCUACUUCCCAGAGCCUGAGAGCUUCAAGAAGCGCAAGAGUGCAAAAGCUACAACUGCAAAGUCAGGAUAUGGAGAUUUGUGUACCAGGUGCGUGGUGGAUGUUCUCCCGAAGUCUUGCAUCAUACUGCAUGCCAAUGUAGAGGGCAUUGUUGGCACACCUCUUACUCCUCAAGGUUGGGCAGUACCGCAGGAACAAGAAAAGAAACAGGGACUCUCCGGUAUUUUUUUCCCUAGUGAGAUGCCUGGGGUUUCUUUCCACCCUUUCUACAUGCCAGAUGACGACACACUGCUCUGGCCACCUUUUGACACUCAGUGUAGCUCCGGCUGUGAUCCUCAUCCUGACAACACUGAAAAAAUCAAGAAUGUGGAGGACAUUGAGGACCUAAAAUGUGUCCUUGUUUUUACUGGUUGUGAAGCGCAACAGUUGGAUUUCGAGGCGAGAGCUUUAAAUGUAGCCUUAGAAAAGUACAAUGGCCAGUUUGCUUUGGGAGGUGCAAUUGUUGGUGACGUGGACGCACCAGUGCUUUAUUCAAGUGGUGAGGCCUUUUGUGUGGGGCUGUGUGUGGCAGGGAAAAGUGUUCGAGCUGCAUCGAUAGUUCUAUCUGAAAGUGUGCGCGGGCCUGAAGCAGUGGAAGCUGAGUUGAAACGGCUGAAGGAUGGCAGUGGAUGUGCUACAUGGGGGGGAAAGAUGGUAGGAUUUAUGUUUGCAUGCGUGGGACGCGGUGUAUCAUUCCACAGGAAACGAAACCUGGAAGCGAAGACAUUUGCUAAAGUAUUUCCAAAUGUACCUCUUAUGGGUUUGUUUGGGAAUGGUGAACUGGGCAUGGAUUAUCUGCCUGCAGUCAUAUCAAAGGGAGAAACCAAGCAGGUGUCACCUCCAACAACGAAUUCCUGCAUGUACGGGUAUACGACUGUGAUUGUGUUGCUUUCGUUUGGAGUAAAGUAGACGGACAAUGUUGACAGAACAGCAGUGCAUUUGCUUUUGUUUCAGUGGGAAUGUUCUCAACCCCUUGUAGUUUGUGUCUUUCUGCUCAUGACAAAUCUUAGACCUUGCAGAAACCACAACCAAGCCUACUUUGUGUCUAUGCUCGGGCUUUCAUUAAUAUUGAGUUCCUAAACCAGCAUAUGCGCCAUUUUGUCUGCCUAACUUGGACAAAUCUUGAAAUGUAACAAGGUUUUCAGUUUUAUGGAAUUGUCUCCCAUUGAGAGCAAUGUAUUUUUCUGUCUUGACAUAGCAAAGUCAAUUCAUUGUCUGUAUUCAGUGUAAUGGAGUCAAAAUGUAAUGGAGUAAAAACUCUGGCACAGUAAUGUCAGACCCUGGUAA